CUUUGUUGCGAGUGGCUUCACUGCGUAUCACAUUCACAUAGUCAGGCCACGCCCAACGUAUUCGUGCUGUUAAUCCCGAAUCCCGGCCCCAAUCGAUCGGUCGUUUCCGAAAAGAAUGGCGGAUUCGGAAUCCCGCACCCAACGUGCCGCUGCUUUGGAGGAAAAACGACGGAGACUGGAGGAGCUAAAGCAGCGCCGCUCCCGGCGAGGUGAAGAUACCGCUAAUGUUCGAGCAUCGGCAUCGGCAAAUCUAGACGAGUAUAUUGACGGCUUACUGAGCCAACCUUCGACAGAAUCUGUGCGCUUAACCGAGUCUGAUGCGGAUACGGUAGCCGAGCUCGUCCCAUCGACUCAAAACGGCACCGUCGCAGCGAUUGUAUCCACGAAAUCGGCGAGCAGCUCGACGACAACGACUAAUAAUGUCUUUGCUGAGCCUGCACCAGCACCCCUGCCGAAAACCGUCGAAACCUUCACGAUUGGAACCCAGACGGAUACAGAUAUUGAUGACUCACCUGAUGCCGUAGCUUCCGAAGAGAAUAAGCCAGAUCUGACGGAAAGGCUGUUGGGAGACAAAGACGCAGCAGAGAAUGAUCCAAGCAAAGACCAACACAAUCAAAUUCCGAAAAUGCUUUCACCAGAAGAUCUGGAGAAAGAAAUUGCCUCGAAACCUUUUUCUAACUUCCUUAAUAGCGCUUCCAAAAAGGUUGAACGCCUUUUGGGCGCCCCUUUACUCACUGACUUGUUCGCAGACUACGUCGGCGAAAGCCAUGAUCUCGAGCACACAGAAAGUGUCUCUAAAGAGACGGACCAAAGCAAGUUUUUGGCAUCUCGGCAGGUCUACGAAUGCGUCAAAUGGACUUCCGGUCGAGACGUUACUGAUAUGGAUUGGUCUCCAUUGCAUCGUGAGCUUCUUCUUUCAACAUAUCAUAUGUGCAUGUCGACCAGUGCUUCAGCGCAUCUUUCGAAGGGAUCCGCAGCAGUUUCGGCUGUGUCUCCCAACGAUACUCUGUCGUCGUCACUAACACCGCGUAGUGGGGAAUUGCAGUCCGAUGGCUUAGCAUUAGUUUGGAAUUUGACCAUGCCAUCUCGCCCGGAACACGUAUUUACGUGUGGCAGUCCAGUAACGACAGGGCGCUUCCACCCCUCAGAAUCUCCAUUGAUCGUUGGAGGCUGUGAAAGUGGACAAAUGGUUGUUUGGGACGUACGGGCCGGUCGACUUCCAGUUCAGAAAUCUGCCUUAUCCAGCAUUGCUGGAGCAUCCAGCAAAGGGCAUGUGCACCCAAUUUGUCGAAUGGAAGUCGUCGAAGGAGGGUCUGGAAUAGUUACGAGUUCUACCGACGGUCGUGUGAACUUUUGGUCUCUCUCGAAUCUACGUGAACCAGUCGAGUCCGUUCAAGUUGGCGACAGUGUUUCUUGCUUUGCUGUUGCGCCGGAGUCCGAAACAUUGGUGCUCGGUGACGAAUAUGGUACACUUUACUCUGUGCCCUCGUCGGCUACUUCCGGGGGUCAACGGUCUUCGCGAAAACAAGUACGUAAGCUUGAUGCCAAAGACGACCAGGGCGAGAGUAUCGGCCACUACGGAAUGGUGACGUCUCUUUCCACUAAGACCUUUAAAAAAAGCACAGCCAGUCGGGCCACCGGUUUGACAAAAGGCUUUCUGAGAAACAGCGACGGGCUUGUCUUAUCGUCUGGUGUUGACUGGACCGUGAAGCUCUGGGCCCCCGCCUAUGCCGAUAAGCCGUUAUUGAGUUUUGUGAGUCACUCCUACGAUUACAUGUCCGACGUCAAAUGGAGUCCAACGCAUCCCUCGCUGUUUGCAGCAGCGUCUAGUAAUGGUACAGUAGGAUUUUGGAAUCUGGCUAAAUCGUUGGAGGACCCUGUCACUGGUCAAGACGGUAUUGUAAUUGAGCCUGACGCAAUGUCGGGUCGCGGACUCAACAAGCUAGAAUGGUCCGGUGAUGGACGUCGUAUUGCAGUAGCCUCCUCGGACCGCCUGCACGUUUUAACCUUGUCGGAAGAAGUACUGCGUGUCCAGGGCGACGAAGACACGAAAAUGAUGAAUGAUCUAAUUGCACGUGGCUUAAUUGGUCGACCGUAAGGAAACGGUAUAUUAUCGUAUGCCAUGAUCUUCUACCACUAUAGAAAGCUCAAUUUAACAAGUG